UGUUAAUAACAGGUUGGGUAUUGCUAACAACAAAGAACGGGCCGUAACGUUUUUUUCAGGUUUAUUUUUCUUUUGGUAUUUCUUAUUAUUAAUAUUAUGAGCUGGUUGAAACAUCUGGUAAUCUCUGGGAUGUUUUUCUGGCCUUCUGUUUACGGAUAAUUUAAAACCUGAACAGAACUCCGGUGAAAUUUCGUCCGAUUUUAAAUGUCUACAAUUGACCUCCCAGCUGAUACAACUCUGGAUCUGCAUCAGAUGGUUUAAAUCUUCAGCUAUCGGGUGUUACCCUGUCGCGUGUUUCGUUUCCAGAUUUUGUUUUCUUAGUGUUUAUGUGAACGGAAUUCCCCCCUCUUAGGACCGAGGAGUGAUUGUUCGCAAAGAUGAUGGCGUCAUGUUUUACUGGGAUACCGAAGAAAGUCGGACCAGUGAAGCUAGAGGACAUCAAAAGAAACCUGCUGGGUGAAUUGGAGGCUGUGGAACCACAGACGGAGAACCUGCAAGUGUACCUUAGAGUUCGGCCUUUUACUCCAGCUGAAAGCGACAGCGGAGAGUCCCAGGCAUGUGUCACCAUUGAGGGUCCCAACUCUGUGGUUAUCAGGGCUCCCAGGUUCUGUCAGCCGAAUCGGCAGGGCGACAAGUCUCUCCCUCAGACGGCUCAGAGGUUCACCUUCACACAGGUGUUUGACCCCGACGCCAGUCAGAGGACUGUGUUUGAAGGUUCAGUUCGUGGUUUGGUCCAGGAUGCUCUGCAGGGAGGAAACUGUCUGGUGUUCACUUAUGGAGUCACCAAUGCUGGAAAAACCUUCACCUUCCUCGGGCCAGACCACAACUCCGGGCUGCUUCCCAGGUCUCUAUCAGUCAUCUUUAACAGCAUAAAGGGUCAUCAGUACAGCCGCAGUGAUCUGAAGCCUCAGCGGUGCAGAGACUUCAGCAGACUUACCCCUGAACAGCAGGCAGCAGAGAUCAGCACCAAGAAAAACCUGCUGAGGCUGCUGAAAGAGAGCAACAAGAGUCUGACGACUGGGAAAUCAUCUUCACUUGAAGGCUCCUCCAUCAGCAACGAUGGCAGCAUGAGCAGCGUUGCUGAGGCAGACUCCUUCUGUCUGGACAUUCCAUCAACUGUUCGCUUCUCUGUUUGGGUCUCAUUCUGUGAAAUCUACAAUGAGAACAUCCACGAUCUACUGGAACAGGUUCCCAGUGGACAACACAAGAGAACGGUGCUACGUCUGUCCCAGGACAUUAAAGGGAACGCCUUCAUAAAAGACCUGCGUUGGAUCCAGGUGAACAACUCAGAAGAGGCGAACAAAGUAAUGAAGAUCGGGAAGAGGAACCAGAGUCUAUCUUCUACCAGACUGAACCAUCUGUCUAGCAGAAGCCACAGCAUCUUCUCCAUCAGGAUCCUCCGGAUUGAUGAUGUUGGAGUUCCUAGAGUCCUCGGCAUCAGCGAGCUGGCUCUUUGCGACCUGGCUGGCUCGGAACGCUGUUCUCGCACCCACAACACCGGAGCACGCCUAAAAGAGGCGGGAAACAUCAACAGCUCCCUGCUGACGCUGGGGAAGUGCAUCAACGCCAUGAAGCUCAACCAGAACGCCAAGUUCCAGCAUCACAUUCCCUUCAGGGAGUCUAAACUCACCCACUUCCUGCAGUUCUUUUUCUGUGUUUCUGGCCGCGUGUCCAUGGUGGUCAACAUAAACCAGAACUCCUCCUGUUUUGACGAGACGCUCAACGUCCUCAAGUUCUCCGCCCUGGCUCAGAAGGUGGUGAUGGUUACCUCCCAGCCCCUUGCCCUGGACAACAGUGCCUGCCACAAGUCAGCGAUGGAGUUGUCUCUCAUCAUCGAUGAAGCCGACCAGCGCAGAAACAUGCUGAACCAGGGCAGGAGGAGCUCGCUUGUUGCCUGGGAGACAAGCCUGGAAGAUGUCCUGGAGGCUGAAGACAGUGAGGAGUGGGAGGAAGAGAGUGUGACGGAGGGAACAGUGCUGGAGGCUGGAGGGGAGGAGGAUGGGGACCAGACUAUGGAGAAGGAAGUGGUGAAGGAGGCUGCACUUCGUUUGGUUCUGGAGGCUCAAAUCAGAGAAGAAGUCAGCUCUGAGUUCAUGGAGCUGUUCAACAAGAUGGAGAAAGACUACAGCGAGCGUCUGGAGAAGGAGAGGGAGAUCUUGGAGGAGCGUGCUGAGAAGAGGGUGGAGAUCCUAAAAAAUCUCGUCAGUAAAACAGUCGACCUGACCACAUCCAGCAAUGAUGGCUGCAUGGAGGCAGCGGAUUUGGGGGUAAUCAUAAGCUCCAUGACUGAAGACCUGAAGAAGAUCAGAGACGAUGCUCAGAGCGUCCAACAUUGUCUGUCUGAACAGACACACGCUGCAGAGUUGGAGGCGCUGCGGUUAGAGAAACUGCAGUCUCAUGAGCAGUUGCAGGAAGCCAUGAAGAGACCGGCCACCUGUACCUGUGGGAGGAGGACCAGAGAGAAUCAGAGAGCAGGGGAGGAGAACAAGGAGAGCUGUAAGCGCCAACGUGAUGAUGCAGAGGGACAGGGAGGAGGAGCAGCCAAGAAGAGAGUCCUGGAAGAAGAAAUCUGGAGGCUGCAGGAGGAAAAUGACAAGAAAGAUGAGAACAUCAGUGAGCUGAGGAGAGGGCUGGAGGAGCUGAAGAAUGACAACUUGGAGUUGGAAAAGAAGAUUCAGGAGCUGACAGAUCUGGACAAGUGUCUGAACUGUGGCUCUGUGCUUUCGUCUCUGGAGGUGGAGCAGAAGGAGACAGCCAGGCUACAGAAGGAGAACAAAGCUCUUGUGAAUGGCAUCUUCCAGUUGCAGAAUGAGGUGACUGCCCUGCAGAUGCAGCUCAAACAGCAGACUGACACAUGCAACAGCCAGUCAAAGCGCCUAGACUUGACUAAGUCGCGCCUUCAGUAUUUGGAGAACCAAUUAGAGGAGAGUUCUUGCUCAAUUAAGAGUCUCACAGAAGAAGUGAUCUGUCUGAGACAAGAAGUCAAGCAGGAGGAACAGAGCAGCAUCAAUGUGGUUGCCAUGGAAGAGCUGAAGAAGAAGAGUGAAGUGGCGGAGCAGAGGUCUGCUCACAUCUCCCAACAGAUGGAAGAGCUGCAGCAAGAGAAAAGGCAGCUGGAGGAGCAGCUGGCUCUCAGCAACAGCAGCUGUGUGGAGCUCAGGCAGGAGCUGGAAAAUCAAAGAACAGAAUUGAGCCUGCAACUGCAGAAUCAAAGGGCAGAACUGGAGUCAGAGGGUGGAGCUCUGCAGCACAGACUGGAGGAUGAGGUGGCAGAACUGCAGCGAGUCAUGCUGGAGAAGGAGCAACUACUGGAGGACAGACGACAACAGGCAGAGACUCUGAGGCGAGAGCUGCAGUGUCUGAAGGAGAAACUGCACAGGAGGGUUGAAGAGGAGGAGAAGGAGAAUCAGAGUGGGAGGAGACUGCAUGGGAGGAGGAGAAAGGAGCAGAGGGAGAAUCUGCACAGAGAUGCUCAGGACUUUUGUGCUUCCCCUUUGCGGUCUACCAUGACUGACAGGAAGAAGCUCUCCAAGACAGUGAAGAGGAAAAGGAAGAGCAGUGAGGUAGAGGGUUUGGUGUUCAGUGAGAACAAGAGGAACAGAGUAAAAGAGAAAGCUUGCAGCAACAAACUAGAGGAUGGCAUGUUGCAGAAGAUUGAAGAACGGAUCCAGAACUCUCCAUCCAUCCUCCACAGCAAAGCUGAUCCUGCCUCAUUCAUGGAGGCCAUCACCAUUUCAACCAGACCCCGGCGAGGACGAAAGAAGCUGUUUAAGCUGAAUGUCUCAUCUCAGCUGCUGGACUCUCCGCACAGC